AUGGACAACAUUCCCACUGACAGUGAGCCUGCCAAUGGCUUCAGCAUCAUCUAUUCUCCACCCUUCACCUUCCUGGUUGGCCCCAAGCACACCAAGCUCACCAUCCAGCGUGGCUUGGCCCAGCAUGUCUCCAAGCCGCUCGAUGAGUUGAUGAACAACGGCACCAGCCGGGAAUCCAAGCAUGGAAUUGCCAUUCUCGAGGAAGAGGAUGUCGAGACCUUUGUCGCGUUCUGCGAGUAUGCUUACCGGGGCGAGUACACCGUGCCUGCAUUGCCGGAUGAGUAUGGAGGCGGCGGAAGCUCCAGACCAGGCCCUAGCCCGUGGAAGGGGAUAAUUCGCACCGAUUCCAUGUCAACGACCGUGCCUCCUCCGGCGCCGACCCCUCCGCGGUCUGUUGGGACGCCGGCCAAGGAAGACCACCCCCACCACUACCACCAGCGCCAGUCGUCCCUGGAGUAUACCAAGUUUCCCGGAGAGGAAGCGCCGGUAGUAGUGCCAGACCCGACCCAGGCGGGAGCAGAGGAGGCCCUUGCGCCAGAGGAUCCCUUAGAGGUGUCUACGCCGGUCGUGGAUGACACCGAGAAAGAGAAAGCCCCUGGUGCGGAUGAAGACGCCGAUGCCUGGGGCAUGGAAGCGGGCAGCUCGGCACCCAAGAGCAAGAAGGGAAAGAAGAGCAAGAAGGACAAGAAGAAGGGAAAGGGUGUGGCGACUGAGACGUCGAUGGAAGACCUUGCGUCCAACCUGACACCCCCGACGACGCCGCCACCCGAGACCUCCCAGGAUGCGCUGGAGGACAUGCCGGAGCAGGCUUUCAUCGACACCACCGAGACUGCUGGCCCGGCUGAUAUGUCGGACAGCUGGCAACAAGCUUCACCGACGCCUCCGGAACUUGAGACUGCCUGGCCUGAUGAACCAUCUGGCGGCGAGGGCUCGGGUGAAGCUGCUCCCGCAGAAGAGAUAGAAGAAUCACCCCAACAGCAACUGUCGCGCCAGCCUGCCCUGCAGCCCAAAGGAGUGAACCUGUGGGGUGAGUUUGCCGGUCUGGCAUAUGCCGACCAACGGCCCUCCUACAGACAUCAAAACCGCAGUUCUCUCGCUCUGCGGUCGACUGGAGAACUCCCGUACCUGGUCUUCCACGCCAAGGUCUACGUCUUUGCGACCAAGUACCUCAUUCCGGCGCUGGCCCAGCUCUGCCUUCAGAAGCUGCACUCGGAUCUGCUUCACCUGUCGUUCCCGGAUUCCGAAAACAACGACGACGAGUUCAUCUCCUCGCUGACGAGCGCCAAGGCAAGGAUGAUCCUUGACCUCCUGCACUACACCUACACCAAGACGACGCGCCUUGAACCCAUCUCACCGACCUCGGCGACCCAGUUGCGUGACAACGAGCUUCGCAGGCUUGUCACCCACUACGCGGCAUGCAAGAUCCGCGAUCUCGCGCAGUACUGUCCCUCCAUGGAGAGCGUCCUGGGCAGCCCUACCGGUCCCAAAGAGGAAAAGAUAUCCGCAGGGAAGAAGGGUCUCAGGAAUCUGCUGGACACGACGACUGAGCUCGCAUCGGAUCUGGUUUAUCGGAUGAUGUGA